AUAAUUAAAAUAAACGAGAAGAUUUGAAUUAUUUAAAUAAAAUGUAUGACAAACCCCAAUUAUUGAUAUUAAUAUUAUCAAUAAUAAUAUUAAACCUAAAUAUUCGGCAGACUGAGAGUCAGCAACAGCCUAAUUAUUAUGGAAAUCCGAAUCUAAAUGACAUAAAUCGAGACGGUGAUAUAUACGAAAAACCAAAAUGUCCACAAAUCUGGACACAAUUUGGUUACGACUUAUGUUAUCGAUUUAUCAAAUCACCUCUCCGAAAUUACAAUGAUGCUAGAAAAGUUUGUCAAGCCUAUGAAGCCGAUUUGGUUUCGAUUAAUAGUUUAGAAGAACACGGUUUUAUUGUACGGCAGCUAAAUAAAAUCGAUCCGCAACAUCGAAAAUGGUAUAUCGGGGUACAUCAAUCCACCCCUGGAUAUUGGAUGAAUGAGGCAGAUAAUUCCCAACUAAUAAGUAUGGAAAAUGCAUUUUUGCCGAUUAAUUACAAUAAUUUGGAUCGUGAUAAUCGUCGAGAUUCAUUUACGUACAAUCAAGCAAACCCCCAACAAACGAUUCAACAGAAUCAACAAAAUCAGCAAAUUAUAACGCGUGAUCGUGAUUUUCUAGCGUAUAGUUUUUCGAAAAAUCUCAUGAAAUGGGGAUUCGAACAAAUGCACGGAGACGAAUUACUGUGUUACAUUUGCGAAGCGCCAGCUGGAAAACUUCAUUAUUUGGAUGAAGAUGAGCAUCGAACAUACGAAUAUGGUGUCGAUAUCGAUAACCCCGAAUUAGUACCUCGAGGUCCAUACUUUAUUCGUCAACCAAAAGAUAAAAUUUUUGAUUUAUCUACGAAAACCGAAUAUGAUGUCAAGCUAGGUUGUUUGGCCGGAGGUUAUCCAACUCCAGAAUACGAAUGGUAUAGAGAAGAUUUCGAAAAUGAUAAAUUCAUUUCGAAAAAAAUUGAUCCAUUCCAAGAUGAUCGAAUAACAAUCAGUGGUGGUACCUUGAUCAUAUUUAAUCCAGAUAAGAAGAAAGAUCGUGGUUGGUAUCAUUGUAAAGCAACGAAUAAAUUCGGAACGAUUAUUUCGGAGAGUGUACAAUUAAAUUUUGGUUUUAUAAUGGAGUUUAAUAUGAUGCGAGCGGCUGAAAGUGGUAAUCAAAAUUGGGGUAAAGCUAUUUAUUGUGAUCCGCCAACUCAUUAUCCCGGUGUUAAAUUCUAUUGGGCUCGUGAAUACUUCCCGAAUUUAGUUGAGGAAGAUAAGCGUGUGUUUGUGUCCUAUGAUGGUGCACUGUAUUUCUCAGCUUUGGAGACGAUUGAUCGGGGAAACUACAGUUGUAAUGUUCAAUCGAAAAUUUCUGUUACUGGACGUAAUGGACCUACAUUUGCACUUCGUGUAAAUCCGCACUCCAAUUACCAACAACUGAAGUUUCCGAAUUCAUUCCCAAAAAUAUUCCCAGAAGCACCAAUUGUUGGACAAGAAGUUCGAUUUGAAUGUAUAGCAUUUGGAUACCCAGUUGCAAAUUACAAUUGGACCCGUAAGGAUGGAGUCUUACCCCGAGGUUCUUAUCAAAUGAAUUACAACCGAGUCUUAAUUAUACCCCGCGUUCAAGUUGAAGAUCAAGGCGAAUAUGUUUGUCGUGCAUUCAAUGAUCGUAGUCAAUUAACACAUUCGGUGGUGUUAACCGUUCAAGCCGAACCAAACUUUACAAUUCCAUUAGUGGACAAACAUGUGGACCAAAAAGCUGAUGUAACUUGGACUUGUGAAGCUUUUGGUAUACCCGAUGUCAAUUAUACGUGGUAUCGAAACGGGGUUGAAUUAAAAAUGGAAACACUUGAAGAGGAAGAUCGAGAUCGAUACAAGAUCCAGGAUAAUGUGUUAACAAUUCGAUACUUGGAUGAUAAACGGGACCCUGGAAUGUACCAGUGUAAGGCGAAAAAUCAAUUAAAAGCCCGAUAUUCCUCCGCCCAACUGCGAGUGUUAUCGUUGAAACCAUCAUUUAAAAAGUUCCCUCUAGAAUCAGAAACAUACGCGGCCGAACAAGGUAACGUAACGAUUAAAUGUAAUCCCGAAGCUGCCCCAAAACCAAAGUUUGUGUGGAAGAAAGAUAAUAAUGUGAUUGGUUCCGGUGGAAGACGGAUUAUCUUACCGAAUGGUAAUCUUGUAAUUCGACCUGUAUCUCGAGACGACGCUGGAAUCUACACUUGUUCAGCAUCGAAUGUUUACGGAGUUGGCGAAUCUAGAGGGCGUCUUAUUGUAUUACAUUCUCCAAGACUUGUUGAAUCGUUACAACCCCAAAUACAAAUGUCAGUACGAAAUAAUUUAGCUUUACGAUGUCAAGCUGAUACGGAGAAUUUAUUGGAUGUCGCAUAUAUUUGGAAACAUAAUGGAAUUCGAAUUCGAGAUGUCGAUGUUUAUAAUUCAAAUAACCGUAUUAAAAUGGAUCGUGGCUUUUUAGAUAUCGAAAACGCAACAUUCGCCGAAGGUGGUGAAUAUGAGUGUAUUGUAAAAUCCGCAGUCGGAUUAAUAUCCUCAAAAUCUCAUGUCAUCGUUGAAGGACCACCAGGUCCUCCAGGCGGUGUCCAAGUCUUAACUGUUCAACACCGAUCAGCUACAUUGCAAUGGACAGAUGGAUCCGCUAACGGUCGUCCAGUUGAAUAUUACAUAAUAACUGCGAAAACAAAUUGGAAUCAAACAUGGCAUACAAUUUCCCAAAAUGUACACGCACGGGAAAUCGAUCGUUAUACUGGACGGAAGGAAGUGAAAUUGGAAGCAGAAUUUGUUCCAUGGUCGACAUACGAAUUCCGUGUGGCAGCUGUGAAUGCAUUAGGAGUAGGUCCAGCUUCGUUACCAUCCCCAAGACAUGCAAUUCCACCAGAUCGUCCAUACAAAGCACCAGAUAACAUUGGAGGAGGUGGCGGUAAGAUCGGUGAUUUAACAAUCACAUGGAAGCCGCUAGUUCCAGCUGAACAACAUGGACCUGGAAUUUACUAUAAAAUCUUCUGGAAACGAGAUCAUCCUCAAGAAUUGGAAUAUCAACAACUCGAUUUGAAAAGUUUUGGAAACACUGGCAUGCAUGUCGUCCACAUUCCAAUUACCUACUAUUACACGAAAUACUUAGUCAAAGUUCAAGCGUUCAAUGAAAUUGGUUCAGGUCCAGAAUCGAACCCCGUUGGAAUUUAUAGCGCAGAAGACAUGCCCCAAGUUGCACCACAACAGGUUUCUGCCCGAUCAUUCAAUUCAACCUCGUUGAAUGUUACUUGGCAACCAAUCUUAGAGACUCGAGAACGCGUUCGAGGUAAAUUAAUAGGACAUCGUUUGAAAUAUUGGAAGAAAGAUAACGAUGAACAAGAUUCCAUUUACUAUUUAUCUCGAACACGUCGUCCAUGGGCCUUAAUCGUGGGUCUACAACCAGAUACCUACUAUUUUGUAAAAGUAAUGGCCUAUAAUUCAGCUGGAGAAGGACCUGAGAGUGAACGAUAUCUAGAACGUACUUACAGAAAACCACCACAAAAACCUCCGUCAGCGGUUCAUGUAUCUCCAGUCAAUCCAUCAACUGUAAAGGUUGUAUGGCGAUAUGUCUCACCAUCGGCCGAAGAAGAACCACUCUCUGGUUAUAAGAUUCGUGUAUGGGAAGCAGAUCGAGAUAUGAGUACGGCAAAUGAUACAAUCAUACCUACAGGAGUUGAUCUGCAAGCGUAUAUUGAUUAUUUAUCUCCGGGUAAAACUUAUCACCUUCGUGUUCUAGCCUUCUCAAAUGGUGGAGAUGGUCAUAUGAGUUCACCAGCUCUAACCUUCCAAAUGGGUGAUGCUGCACAAUUUAAAAGUACUGCCGCAGUAACGCAUCAAACAUCAGUCACAUUGUUAUUAUCAUCAUUUUUAUUA